CUCUGUGUUCCACCGGCCCGGGCGAGCACGUGGGGGAGCGGCCGAAGUGCACCGCUGCUGGGCCCGGCUGCGGGGCACGGCCGCGGGGCAGACGUGGGCCCGGGGUGGGGGGGGGACAGCGGCUCGAGGACGCUGCAUCCGGACGGUCGCGGAGGAGCUGGUUUAAUUUCUUCAAGUCUCCAGGAUGACCAUCCAAUUCCGUUCACUUUUCCCUUUGGCAUUACCUGGAAUGCUAGCACUCCUGGGCUGGUGGUGGUUUUUCUCUCGUAAAAAAGAACCUAUCAAUAGCCACAACAAGCAAGUGGAGGCCAGCGCUGUGGAGCCGAAAGCUAAGCCUGCAGUCAAGGAGUCACUUCCUGUGGAAGACUAUCAUGGAGCAGUACCCACAGCCCCCAGUGUCCCAGAAAAGGAUCUGUCCAUUGUGAGCAAGCCUGUGGAGCCCCCAGCCCUGCUGCGGGCACAGCCAGUCUGCCGUAGAUCAGAGUCCUCUGGCAGCCUUCCAAACAACACAGACACAAGGUUCCGGCCAGGUCUUCGUAAAGAUGACAGUGCAAAGGUGGAACUAACCCUGACAGGUGAUGAAGCCAAAUCAAUUCCUCUAGAGUGUCACCCAAAGGGUGUUCCAUUCCCUCAUGAAGCAUUUGAAGUAUGUAAGCGAGAGUCCAUGUUGAGCAGGACACCUGGUCAGGGUCGGCAAGGCCAGUCUGCAGCCUCCACAGAGAAGCAUAGUCCUGGGGAGAAGGCACGAGAGACAGGUGGGGCUGAAGGGACUGGUGACGCAGUACUGGGGGAAAGUCUGAUGGAAGAGGGCGUGUUGUCCCAGGAAUUGCAGAACGGCAAGCUAUCCAGCCAGUCUCCCUUGGCAGGGGAAGGAGAGAAAGGAAAGAGUGGCUUCACUGAGUCAGCUUGUGUGGAGCUGGUGAAGGAAGAUGAACCCCAGGCCAGAGGUGGCAAAAGCCAGAGUGGAGACAUCACAGGAGAAUUGGGCAAAGAGGAGGCCUUGGAUCAAAAUGAAAAGAUUGAGCAGGCUGCUUUCCAGAUAGUCUCCAAAGUGAUCUUGGAAUCAACUGAGGAAGUACUGGCCACCACAAUGGGCAAGAUUACAGGACGGAUCUGUCAGACCAAAGCUGGUCAGAUGCAAGGGCAGAAGGAGGUGAGACGUGCCCCAUUCAGCCAGAAAACUGCUGCGGGGCAAGAAGCCUCAGAAUCCACUUCAGUUACAGCAGAGGCACCUGCAAGCCCUUCAGAUACUGCCCUUCCCUUGCCAGGCCUGCUGGCAGAGGACCUAUCACCACCAAAGACUUACGUGAGCUGCCUGACAAGUCCUCUGCCCAGUCCCACCAAGGACAAAAAGCCAAAGAAGUCUGUGCAUCACAUCUCCCUGGCUCCCCCUGCUCUGCAGACCACCCCUCUGGGAGACUCACUUGAUGAGGCAGGUGUCAUGGUAGAAGAUGCUGGUUGUGUCACCUGCAUGUCUGACAACCGCCAAGGAGCCUCUUCAGUGGCCUCCUCUGGGCAGUGCUCAGAUUCUGUCAGCACUUCUGGGCUUGAAGACUCUUGUGCAGAGACCAACUCAACCCCCAGCAACAAGGCCAACACCCUACCACUGCCAGAAAGUACUAUACCCUUCAGCAAUGGAGUGCUGAAGGAGGAGUUGUCAGACUUAGGGACUGAGGAUGGAUGGACCAUGGAUGCUGAAGCAGAUCAUUCGGGAGGUUCAGACGGGAACAGCAUGGAUUCAGUGGAUGGCUGCUGUGGCCUCAGGAAGACUGACAGCUUCCAGAAUGCCCAGGCAGACUCCAACCCUAAGAAAGUUGACCUCAUCAUCUGGGAGAUUGAGGUGCCAAAGCACCUGGUUGGUCGACUAAUUGGCAAGCAGGGACGGUAUGUGAGUUUUCUGAAGCAAACAUCUGGUGCCAAGAUCUACAUCUCAACCCUGCCUUACACCCAGAACAUCCAGAUCUGCCACAUAGAAGGCUCUCAGCAUCAUGUAGACAAAGCACUGAACUUGAUUGGGAAGAAGUUUAAGGAACUGAAUCUCACCAAUAUUUAUGCUCCCCCACUACCUUCACUACCACUGCCUUCUCUUCCAAUGACUUCCUGGCUCAUGCUCCCCGAUGGCAUCACUGUGGAGGUGAUUGUGGUCAACCAGGUCAACGCUGGACACCUGUUUGUGCAGCAGCACACACACCCUACCUUCCAUGCACUACGCAGCCUGGACCAGCAGAUGUAUCUCUGUUACUCUCAGCCAGGAAUCCCCACCUUGCCCACCCCAGUGGAAAUAACGGUCAUUUGUGCGGCCCCCGGUGCAGACGGUGCCUGGUGGCGAGCCCAAGUGGUAGACUCCUAUGAGGAGACCAACGAAGUUGAGAUUCGCUAUGUGGACUAUGGUGGAUAUAAGAGAGUGAAAGUAGAUGUGCUCCGGCAAAUCCGAUCUGACUUUGUGACCCUGCCAUUCCAGGGAGCAGAGGUUCUUCUGGACAGUGUGAUGCCCCUGUCAGAUGACGACCACUUUUCACCUGAAGCAGAUGCAGCUAUGAGUGAGAUGACAGGAAACACAGCACUUCUGGCUCAGGUGACAAGUUACAGUCCCACUGGCCUUCCUCUGAUUCAGCUGUGGAGUGUAGUUGGAGAUGAAGUGGUGUUGAUCAACCGGUCACUGGUGGAACGAGGACUUGCUCAAUGGGUAGAUAGCUACUAUGCAAGCCUUUGACUCCUGGCUUCCCACAUCCACUUCUUGAAUCUUUUUUGCACUGUUGAAAUUGGGCUUGGCACUCAAGGCAAGACUUCACAUCAUAAUAACAAACAUUGUCCUCCCCAGAAAGGUUUUUUUUUUUUUUUUUUUUAAUGUACUGUAGUCAUGUUGAGAAGAUGUUGUCUCUGAGACAAGGAAGGAACUGUAGGUUCUUUUUAAAGCCAUAGGAUGAUGCAUAACAAGCCAAUGGACUUUAACCUGGUUCCAAGCUGUGUAAAAAACGUGGGAGAGUAAAACUCUCCACCACUUCCUCACUUCCCUCCCACUUGUUCACCCACCCAAAAUCUUAUCUGCUGUAUCAGACAGGUCAAAGAAUGUGGUGUUUGCUUGAGAGUUUUUCUUUUACUCCAGAAUCUUCCUUCAGGGAGCAAGACACAGAACUGACUAAUGGUAUUCAUUACUUGUACAGCACAUGCAAAUGAAUUUAUGAUGUUUAACCAGUUUUUAUGAACUUCAUCUAGGUCUCCUAAGAAGGUAGACUUUUUGAUCAUGCUUCUGGUCAGUAGGGGAGGGAAACUUUUAGCUUGCCAAGCCUGAGUGUAAUUUGUAACCAUUUUCUACUUGUGCAAACUCUGUAAAUAUGUUUAAAGAUGUAAUAUUUUGUACAAGAUACACUGGAGAACAAAGGGAACUUGAGAUUUCCAUAUACCACAUGUCAUUUGCAACUAGAAGUUGCUUCUACAGAGUUUAACCUCUUGUCCGGGCUCUUGCUAUGUCAUGGUUCCUACAUACUGGAUAAGGUGCCUAUGUGGCUAGAUUGUGAUCUGGGAUUUUUUUUUUUUUUGUACAAAUUUGUCUUUAAAAAAAAAAGCUACUCAAUUGAAUUACCUUGAGAUGGUUGAUGUGAUGAUUCUUUUUUAAGACAGGCUUUCAGCAUUGUGCAAUUUAAAAUAUAAAUAACUUAUAUAAAUUUCGAAUUGUAUACACUA